GUUUAAGCGCGUCAUUUUCGUGACUGGAACGAGACGGUACGAAAUAUCCCUACAAGAACGAUUAGUCUCUGCUAUUUCUUUUAGUGCGUCUGAAACUAGCUCCCAAGAAGCAAUAGGCUCACACUCGGUACUUCAAAAUGCUGUCUGUUUUAUUUUUGGUUGUUCUCGUAGCUGUUGCUCAAAGCUCGCCUGUCGGUGAAGAAGACUUGCAGUGGAAGGCUUGGAAAUCUUUCCAUGCUAAAUCAUACACGACUGUCAGCGAGGAGGCACAACGCCGUGCAAUCUGGCGCAACAACCUCGAGAUCAUCAAAGCUCACAAUGCAGGAAAGCAUUCUUACACACUGGCCAUGAACCAUUUUGGAGAUCUCACCGCCACCGAGUUUAAGUACCUGUUUCUUGGCUACAGAGCUAACAACAGCACCAAGGGUUCCACCUUCCUGCCACCCAGUAAUGUUGUUCUUCCUAGCACUGUUGACUGGAGGACCAAGGGUUAUGUCACACCUGUCAAGAACCAGAAACAAUGUGGUUCGUGCUGGGCCUUUAGUACCACUGGUUCCCUUGAGGGACAACAUUUCAAGAAGACAGGCAAGCUUGUCUCUCUGAGUGAACAGAACCUUGUUGACUGUUCCACAUCUUAUGGUAACCAUGGAUGCCAGGGAGGUCUGAUGGACAAUGCUUUCCGAUACAUCAAAGCUAAUGGUGGUAUUGAUACUGAGAAAAGCUAUCCUUAUGAGGCCAGAAACGAUCGCUGCCGCUUCAAGAGCUCUGAUGUUGGUGCAACUGAUACAGCAACUGCAGUAGCUCUCAACUCGAUCAUGGAGUACUCGCUGUAGGAUACGGAACACACCAAGGAAAAGAUUACUGGCUGGUCAAGAAUUCCUGGGGAGCCGGGUGGGGUUUGGAGGGUUACAUCAUGAUGUCCAGGAACAAGAAUAACCAGUGUGGUAUUGCUACCCAAGCCAGCUACCCACUCGUCUGAUUGUCUGGCUGCUUUUAUAGAUGUUGUUUUUAUCUUGUGUAGAUUUGUACCAUACACAAAAAUAUAUAAAAGAUGAUUAUUUGUGUAUAUUAAAGAAAUUUCAAAACA